AAUAAAUUUGAAUUUCUAGAAUAUAAGCAUGCAUUGGCGCUUUUACUUUUUUUUAAAUAAUUACUUAUUUAUUAUUGUGGGUCAAUGUGGAAACACGCUAAAAGAGUGACCAAACCAAAGUAAAAACUGUAUAAUGCCAAAUACUAGAAAAACUACCAAGCUAAAUAAACUAACACCAAGAAUAACACCAACAAAACGCAUCGAGGUGAAUGUAAAUAAAAGACUGCUCAUAAAAAAAGUUUAUCUGACCAAAAAAAAAACAAAAAUAAAAAUUAAAACAAAGCAAGUGAAGUCAUCAAAAAAGCAUACGCACACACAAUCACACAACAGCUUUACUUCUUUUGCCGUCAACAAAAGGAGCGACGCCCGCGUCGCAGCACCUGCAGCAACAACGAAACAACAGACCGAACAUGGAGGACUUUGAUAUUGAUUUGGAUUUAAAUUUUGUGCAGCUGAGUCGCCAACAGCUUUUGCAACGAUAUACCAGCGCCGUACGCCAACUGCGCCGCCUUGCCGAUGUUAACUAUGGCGUCCGUCCACUUAGCUUCGAUAACUAUGUGAUCUUUCAGUAUUUUCAGCAGCGCAGCUCCCAGCCUAUUUACAAUACAUCCACGCCCCUAAUGGCAUAUUUACGGCUGGAGGUGCUGCAUCAUUUGCUCGAUCGCCGACGCAAAAUCCUGUGCUGGCUGUUCUAUCUGACGUUGUUGUCUCUGUGCGUCGUUGCCUAUCGCUACGAGACGACAUCAUCGAAUGGGGGCCACAAUGGACGGAUGGUACAAUCAUUGGUUUAUCCCGGUAUGAGAAUGUGGCGUCGAAUGACAAUGCCGCUAAUACAACGGUUUCCACGGCUGACCGAGCUAUAUGACGAGUCCUGCCUGAUGGGCAAUCCGUUCUUUCAAGUCGAGGAUCUCAGCUGUGGCCCCUGUGCGAACGUUGAGAGCGUUUGGCUAGAGAGCGAUGAGUGUGCCCAGCUCUAUGCAGAUGCCAGCCAUAAUAAUGUAAAUCGCAGCCAACAGGAUUCGGGCACACUGUCACACUACAAGCAGUUGGCCCUGCUGCAGCACUGCCGCAAGCCCAUGGAUCAUAUGCCAUACACAUUUCGAAGUAAUCAGCAUGCAUUCGAUUUGGCUGAUUUCUAUAAGAUUUACGCGAACAAUCUGAAGAUUUUUCAGCGGGAUGCAUAUCGUGUUCAUUCCACCAAUCAGGGUGUGCACAAUCUGGAGGAUCUCUUUGGACAAUUCAAUGCGAGCAGCGCCGCACAUGAUUAUCAUGAUAAUAGUAAUGAAGAUGAUAACCAUCAUCACCCGCAUGAUAAUAUUGUUGAACUGUCAACCGCUCACAACUUAUGGCGCUGCAAUCGCAUGUUGCCUGCCCGCUUGUUACGUCCAAUAUUCGCACGGCCACUGCGCCUGCCUAGCAUGGGCGUGGCACUGGAGCGCUAUGUCGCCAUUGAUACAGCACAGGCGCCGGCCUAUACGCUGCCCGAAACGGAAUGUCCCAAUGUCUAUGUACAUCAGGCGGUUGGCACACGCUUCAUCAUCUUACGUCCGACCAGCGAAUGUCGCCAGCGAUGUCGAACGCUCUCCAUGCGCCUAAGCCAAUCCUUUGUGCUCAACUACAAUUGGUUGUAUUGGAAACCGAUCUCUGCGCCCGAUCCCAUCUCAGAAAACAUGUCCAUUAGCCUUAUUGGUUCCUACUGCUAAGUUUACACACGUGCCACGCCCCCUGCCACGCCACGCCACCUAGCGCCCCGCCCACAAUUUUCAGUCAACAAUAUAUUUGUUAAAAGCCAUGCCAAAAUUUUCUAAAACAAAAAUAUACGAAUUUUUGUCGCUCAAUUUGGUAAAGAAAACAAAAACGAAAGCUCUUCGAACCAUUGUAAAUGAGCAGCUGGAUUAGCUCUAAGCUCAGAGUCCUUAAGAAUGUCCUUAUAGCUAAUAAGUUAACCAUAAUUGAGUAUCCAAGAAUUCUCUCCAAU